AUGAAACGAAAUCAGCCAAUCAUAGAUCUCACUGCUGAUAGCGACGGUGACGACACCAACGCUAUCUCCAACGCCACUUCAUCGACUUCCCGCAUUCCACCUCCACAGACGUCGAAGGAGUCGAAAUCUCGUAAACGUACACGCGCAGGAGAGAGAUCCAAAUCAGCAAGCAGGAGUAAUUCUACACAUUCUACGAGAUCUUCGUCUGUUGUCAGCGCACACAGCACACAGCAGCAACCCCACAAAGGCAAAUCUAAGCCUGUUCAGGAAGCUCAAGAGGCUCCACACGACGAUAUAGACGGUAGACCUGUAUUCAAUAAUCUCACCUGCCCAAUUUGCUUCGAUAUCGUCUCUAAUGCUUGCACUACGGCUUGUGGCCACAUCGCAUGCGCCAACUGUCUUUUCGAUUACUUUGAAGGCGAACGCAUCAAGAAUGAAGGAAUUUCCCUACCAAGACCCAUUCAACAAGCCCGGCAACGCUCUCAGAAGCUCAACGCAAAGGCCAGACUGAGAACUGACUACGCUGCUCGCACCUACAUGCUGUCUGACAACCCUGACCACACUUUCCAAGGUCCCUGUCCAAUUUGCAGAACUGAACUCAUGGGCGGCUGGGGCGAAGCUGUUAUACCCCUCUACGUUCGCACUCUCGACUUGAUCGAUUGA